AUGCUAGCUCGGAAACUCAGCCAAGUUCGAUGGGCAAGGCCUACAGGUGGUCGAACUGUGGCCUCUAGACUCAUAUCCUCAAGCGCAUUUACAGUUGUGAACCCCACAAAACCUCUCCAGACGUACCUCGCUCGGCAUAUAGAACAGCUGCCAUUCAAGCCCAGCUCGCUGAUCUUAGCAGUAUCUCCAGAACUUUCACCAGUUUUGCCUGAUCUGGUGGCUGAUAAAAGUAAUGGGGAUCAAGUAAUUGGUGUGACUUGUGAUGCUGUUCCUCCUGCAUCGCAAAGAAAUGCAUUUUCCGCCUGCUUUUUUGGCAGCCGAGCUGUAAUCGACGAUGCCAGUGCUCUUUCCGACGGACUCUCGCAAAUUCGAAACGAACGUGGUGUGACAGUGGGUCGAGUCAAUUGGGCGCUAUCGUCAUCAUUUUUUUCAAUUGAGAUUGGUGGGUCCGUGCAUCGGCCUGGAACCUCAUUGGUCCUGCCAACUGCAAAUACCAUUUUCAAUACCGGUAGCGAAACUACCAUGCUAUACAGAGAGAAUGACACCACGUCUCCACUGUUAUCUUCACUAAAGCUAAGACUCCACACUUUGAGUGGAUCAGAUAAAGUGUCGAAGGCUUUCACAAGCCCACUUGUCCAGAUCGCUCGUCCUCAAAUGACCAUUACUAGUGCUGUUGACAACAUGAUUAAAACCAUUGACAACACAUCAGCAGCUCAUUUCUUGCAAUCAUCUCCAGAACUGAUGGACCCCGAAAAUUUAACUACUAGAGAUCUGACAACUCCGAAAAAGGUGUUUGCUGAAGUGUUUUCAAGCAAGACCAAUAGCGUAGAUCGGUUCGAGGUGAUUGCCGGUGGUGGCGGAGAGUGGUCGCCAAGGUCCGCUAUGCUUGUACUUGAACCACGAGCACAGCUCUCAUCAGGUGACAAAAUCACAUUCUAUUUUGCGAAGACCAUUAAUGACUCGCAAUCAUAUCUCGAGACGACCGAGCUUACUGGAUCCAUCAAAGAUAUCGAAUCACAAUCCUCCACAGCCUUUGUUCUCGAGUGUGCCCCAGUAAUGGAGACUCUCGAUACUACUCUGGCACCUUACAAACCGGACACUGUCCUGGCGAACGUUUUUGGACUUGGUUCUGAACAAGGUUUCCUGCUCGACGAUGUCAAACACUCUGUAAACUGCGAAGUAGCUAUUCUUAAAUGA